AUGACUCGCACUCGAUCGGUACCUGGCGUCACUCGGACGAGUUCGAGUCCCGCCGCAAGCGCACGGUCGCGUCCAUCCAGAUCUUCCCCCCCUCUGAGCCAUCGUUCUCUCAUCGGGUUCUAUGCGGUCAUCAGCGCAUUCAUCCUGCUGGCCAACUUGGACUGCUUCCUGAUUUCCGCCCACGCUGCCUCUCCCUCCGCCUACUAUCGCGCCCACAAGCAUAAGCCCGCUCCUAAGCACAUCAUGCACUCCCACUACUCCGGCUCUGACCCUCAAACUGGCCCAGGACCAGGGCCUGGAUAUCCCUCAUCGGAUUCCGACUCCGGCUACAAUGAUACCGAUUCUCAGGAGAGUUACAAGAAUGGAGCGGUUUCGGCUACGUACUUCGUGAAUUGGGCCAUCUAUGGUCGCCAUCACUUUCCUUGGGACGUCCCAGUGGAAUCCGUCACGCACGUGUUCUAUGCGUUUGCCAAUGUGAGACCCGAGUCCGGUGAAGUGUACCUGACCGACUCUUGGGCAGAUGAGCAAAUACAUUGGGCCGACAAGGGUGACAGUUGGAAUGAUUCCGGAAAUAAUCUCUAUGGUUGCUUCAACCAAUUUCGCCAGCUGAAGCAGAAAAACCGACACCUCAAGCUUAUCAUUUCAAUUGGAGGCUGGUCCUACAGCGCCAACUUUGCUCCAGCGACGGACUCGCCAGAGAAGCGACAGAAGUUUGUGGACUCGGCGAUCGCCAUUGUGGAAAACUACGGCCUUGAUGGCCUUGAUUUGGACUGGGAAUACCCCACCAGUGAUAAAGAGGCCGACCAGUUGGUGGACGUACUUCGGCGAGCCCGUGGCGGACUGAACAAACUGAAGAAGAAGAAGAAUGAUCAAAGCCCUUACGUUCUCACCAUAGCCGCUCCAUGCGGACCCAAUCAUUACAAGCAGCUUCACCUCAAGCAGAUGGCUCGCUAUCUGUCGUUCAUUAACUUGAUGGCUUAUGACUAUGCAGGAUCAUGGGAUACACUUUCUGGCCAUCAAGCAAAUCUUCAUCUGACGAACACCUCCGCCGUGAACCAGGGCAAUUUUUCGACGGCUGCUGCUGUGGAGUACUAUACCUCCCAAUCGAUUCCUGCCUCGAGUCUUGUUGUUGGCAUGCCUCUCUACGGCCGCUCGUUCCUGGACACCAAGGGGAUUGGACAGCCUUACAAUGGUCUUGGCCAAGGUAAUUGGGAGCCGGGGAUUUACGACUACAAGACGAUCCCGAUGGACCAUGCCAAGUUGGUUGAAGAUAUGAAGGCAGUCGGCGCUUACACGUACAAUCCGACCAACAGGGAGCUCGUCACCUUCGAUACGCCCAACACGGUGCGCCGGAAGGUCGAGUACAUCGAGAAGCACGGCCUGGGCGGAGUGAUGUGGUGGGAGAGCUCGGGCGACAAGCAGAACUCGGAGGGUGCGCUGAUUCCCCUGGCGGCGAAACUGCUGGGCAAGCUGGACUCGACCCCAAACCAUCUCAGUUAUCCUGGCAGCAAGUGGGACAACCUGAAGAGCAACCAUCCUCCGUCCAACUCGUCCACCACGCCCGAGGAAUCUGCCGGGGUUGCCAAAAGUGUGGUUUUCCGAGUACGGGAAUCGAACCCGUCUCCUCCGCGCCCCUCGGCGGUGAAAGGCGGAUAUACUAGCCGAUAUACUAACUCGGAAUGUGGUGGGGUGUCGAAACUUCAACACCCACCACCCACCCAUCCAUCCAACUCCAACCACAACCACCACCACAACCAAGCAAUGGCCCACUCCUUCUACCAGAACCAGCCACGGCCCACCCUGCCACCGAUCCCCCCACAGCUCAAGAACAGCCACCGCCCCCCACUCCCCCCCGUCCCCCACAACUACCGCACCCAGGAUCGACUGCUUCAACCACCCCCCGCCGCCACAAACCAGAGCCACGCCCUGCCCUUCCUCGAACCCAGCCCAAGGCUCGCCAACUUCCCCCCCAACCACCGGCAACACUCCCAGCCGGCCAGCCCCGGCCUGCUCUCGCCCAGCAGCAAGCCCAUCGCCCUGCCCGUCCUCGACCUCGACAUGCUCACCACCCUCUACGAGCUCCACUUCCGCUCCCAGAACGACCCCGCAGGCCAGGUCCAAUGGGCCGCCAAGCUCCUCAAAUUCCUCGAACGCUCCCAGAUCUCCGACCCGCUCCUCGUCAAAUACACCGACAUCGCCCUCACCACCGUCCUCAAACACGCCGACGGGCCCAACCCCCAUCUGGCCAACGGGGGCGCCGAGGCCGUCUAUCUCAGAGGCGACCUCUUCGCCACCGGCGCCUUCCCCUCCUACCAGCCGAAAGACCCCAUGCUCGCCUUCAGGGACUUCGAGAACGCCGCCCAGCUCGGAUACUAUCUCGCCUGGUUCAGGAUCGGAAGGGAGUACGAGAACUGCGAGGACUGGGACCGGGCCGUGGGCGCCUACGAGCACGGCCUGGCCUUCGAGGAAUGCGCCUGUGUCUAUAGACUGGGUAUGUCCUAUCUGCUCGGCCAGAUGAACCUGCCUGUCGACAUGGCCCAGGCAGUCGUCUAUCUCAAGAAGGCGGCCCAGCUAGCGAGCGAAGAGACGCCGCAGCCGGCGUACAUCUACGGGAUGAUCCUUGCGGGCGAGUUCGAGUCCCUGCCCCAGAUCCCCCACGAGAUCCUGCCCCCCAACCUCGGCGAGGCCCGGUACAUGAUCGAGAAGGCCGCUUACCUGGGCUUCGCAGCCGCCCAGUACAAGAUCGGCUGGUGCUACGAAUACUCGCAAAUCACUUGCCCGUUCGAUCCGCUGCUGUCCGUCGAGUACUAUUCGCUGGCUUCCCAACAAGGCGAGAGUGAGGCGGACAUGGCCCUAUCGAAAUGGUUCCUGUGUGGGGCGGAUGGAUACUUCGCGGCGAACGAGCCGUUGGCGGUGACGUUUGCGGAGAAAGCGGCGCGCAAAGGGCUGGGCUCGGCGAUGUUUGCGAUCGGGUAUUACCUGGAGGUGGGCAUCGCGGGGCGGCAGGACGGGGGGCUUGCGCUGGAGUGGUACGAGCGGGCGUGGGAGGAGGGGGGGAACGAGGAUGCGCGGGAGCGGCUGGCGAGUCUGGGUGCGGGGGGACACAUGCUGUCGCGGGAGCAGCACGAGGACCAUGUGGACGAGAAGCUGACCAUGCGCAGGGUCGAGAUCGCCCGCAGGGCCGCCGAGGCUCCGCCCGCCCUCCAGGCCUCCCGCACCCACUCGCCCCCCUCCCCCCCGCUCUCGAUCCCCACCACCCCCGGAUCCGCCUACUCCCCCUCCCGCUCCUCCAACCCCAAGAACCUCGCCCAACGCACCGCCCCCUCUCGGCCACACCUCAACAACCACUCCUCCUCCGGACACAUCAUCAACAGACUCAACAGCUUCCAGCUCUCCGACAACCCGCCCAGCCCUAUCCCCCUCGAACCCGCGCCCCCCGCCGCGCCCAAAACCCAGUUCAACUCGUUCGCCGACAUGGGCAUCCAGACCGCCAAGGCCAAGAAAACCGAAGAAUGCCUCAUCGUCUGA